AACCAGAAAGACUACAAAAUUCCAAGCAAAUUCCUUGUAUGAUCAAAUAUAUUAUUGAUCAAUAUCUGGAGGGGCUAAACGUCCCUAAAACAGACAUAAUGACGUAGAUGCUUACGGCAGAAUUUAACAAGGUUGACUCUGUGGACCGUUGCUGCCCCUUGUGGCAUGAUUUGGUAUUAAACCAGGAGUAAGUUUCUGUUUCCAGAAAACACAAAGUUAAGUAAUCCAGAUGCAUGUGUUACAAAAAACAGAAGUUUAUCAAGAGUGUCUCAUUUGAUGCUGGAGAAAAUGAGGUCUCUGGUUUCACCUUCAUUUACCAAGAACACUCCUUACAUUUACAAAAGAAAAACAUUUCAGUACAGUGACGUUUGAAAAAUCCCUUUUGAAUUUCUGAGAUGUAUAAGACAAUUUUCAAGCUGGAAAAAGUUGACAACUCUCCCUCUUCUUCUUGCUCAAACAUGUUGAAGCUGGGUGAAACCAAUAGCUGCUGAAGGUGAAAGUUGAUUGGCUGCAGCCUCUCUGCAAUGACACAUGAGUCAUAGAUCAGAGCUCAACCCAGUUUCUGUUUUCAGGAAGUGAAACUCACAGUCGCUGUGACUGAGAGCAGAAAUGGAGCAGAAUCAGCUUGACCUAGAAACUUUCUCCUGUUCGAUCUGCCUGGAUCUACUGAAGGAUCCGGUGACGAUUCCCUGUGGACACAGCUACUGUAUGAACUGUAUUAAAAUGCUGUGGGACAAAUAUGAGCAGAAGAAAAGCUACCACUGCCCUCAAUGCAGGCACACCUUCACACAGAGGCCUUUCCUGCAGAAAAACACCAUGCUAGCAGCUUUAGUGGAGCAGCUGAAGAAGACUGGACUCCAAGCUGCUCCUGCUGACCACCGUUAUGCUGGACCUGAAGAUGUGGCCUGUGAUGUCUGCACUGGAAGAAAACUGAAAGCCAUCAAGUCCUGUUUAUUCUGUCUGGCCACUUACUGUGAGAAACACCUUCAGCCUCAUUAUGAUGUGGCUCAAUUAAAGAAUCACAAGCUGGUGGAGCCGUCCAAGAACCUCCAGGAGAACAUCUGCUCUAAACAUGGUCAUGACACAGUGUCAGCUGCAGCAGAAAGGACUGAGAGGCAGAGAGAGCUGGAGGAGAGACGAGGAAACAUCCAGCAGAGAAUCCAGGACAGAGAGAAAGAUGUGAAGCUGCUUCAACAGGAGGUGGAGGCCAUCAAUCACUCUGCUGAUAAAACAGUGGAGGACAGUGAGAAGAUCUUCACUGAGCUGAUCCGUCUCCUCCAGAAAAGAAGCUCUGAUGUGAAGCAGCAGAUCAGAUCCCAGCAGGAAACUGAAGUGAGUCGAGUCAAAGAUGUUCAGGAGAAGCUGGAGCAGGAGAUCACUGAGCUGAAGAGGAAAGACGCUGAGCUGGAGCAGCUCUCACACACAGAGGAUCACAACCAGUUUCUCCUCAACUACCCCUCACUGCCAGCACUCAGUGAGUCUACACACUCAUCCAGCAUCAACAUCCGUCCUCUGAGACACUUUGAGGACGUGGCAGCAGCUGUGUCAGAGCUCAGAGAGAAACUACAGGACAUCCUGAGAGACUCAUGGACAAACAUCUCACUGAUGGUCACUGAGGUGGAUGUUCUACUGUCAGAACCAGAACCAGGACCAGAACCGACGACAAGGGCUGGAUUCUUAAAAUAUUCAUGUAAAAUCACACUGGAUCCAAAUACAGCUCACACAAAGCUGGUUCUGUCAGAGGGGAACAGGAAGGUGACUUGGAUGGAUCAACAUCAGUCUUAUUCUAGUCAUCCAGAGAGAUUCACCGUUUAUCAUCAGGUUCUGAGUAAAGAGAGUUUAACUGGACGUUGUUACUGGGAGGUGGAGUGGAGAGGGACAGUUUAUGUAUCAGUCGCAUACAAGAAUAUCAGCAGAACAGGAGGUGGGAAUGACUGUAGAUUUGGAGGUAAUGACAAAUCCUGGACAUUAAAUUGUUGCCAAAACAGUUUUAAAUUUGGUCACAACAACAUCUGGACCUCCGUCUCAGGUCCAGUUUCCUCCAGAGUCGGAGUGUACCUGGAUCACAGAGCAGGUAUUCUGUCCUUCUACAGCGUCUCUGAAUCCAUGACUCUGAUCCACAGAGUCCAGACCAGAUUCACUGAGCCGCUACAUGCUGGAGUUUUGGUUGUGGGUUCAGCAGAGUUCUGUAAAUCCCAAUAGAUAGAAUCCAGUGAAGCUUCUGUAAAUUUGAUUCAGAUUUUACUCCUCCAACAUAUUAUUUUGUUAGUGUUUGUUUUAAAUCUAAACUCCUCAGAAAUCAUUAUUCAGAGAUAUCCAGGUUAUGUUUUUCUUCAAAUAGGAUGUUCCUGUUCUGAUUAAUUUGUUCAUUUUUCAACACUAUUCUCUAAAACUGGUGAGAGUAAACCCAAGCUGCCCACCAGGCUUUCGAUACACUGGGAUAAACCCUGCAAUAAAUGACUGAAAAAAUAUUUCUAGGUCAAUGAAUCUUAAUUUCAGCUGCCACAUUCUUGGUGGGGUCAGAAUUUGGCAUUGCAACAUGCAAAGGUUGAGAGUAGUGGUGUCAUGGUGCACAGCCAAAAGAAAAGCAUGCCACACUUUUCAGUAAAAAAGUGUGCAUCUAAAAACGUGUACUAGUUUGUGUUGUUCCAUCUAAUAAAAUCCCUAUAAAACACAUGGUAGAUGAAGGCUUUAACAAGUUCCAGGGAUAUGAAUACUUUUGCACUCCUUAUCACCUCUAUGAUUUUUAAAAAGAAUACAAUUAAGUAUGCAAAACAAUAAGUGUUAGAAUAAUCAAUAAUAAUAUAUAGUGUAUAUUAUACAUAGAGAAAUAGAUUUGGAGUGUUGUAAAUGCUCUAGUUUUAAACAGAUUGUCUUCCUGAUAUUCAGCGUGAAGGGGAGAGGGGUGACUGUGUGUGUGUGUGUGUGUGUGUGUGGGUGUGUGUGGGGGUGUGUGUGGGUGUGUGUGUGUGUGUGUGUGUGUGGGAGGGCGGGAGGGCAGUUGUGAGAGGAAAAAAAGCCCCUGCCCUUGCAUAAGAGUGAAACAUACGUCUAAAACACAAGCAUCUAAAGGAAACCUACAGUUUAACUAGUAGCACGACUAGUCAGUGCUGAUUACGGGUCUGUGAUUUCCUUCAUCCAUUCAAAAAACUAAAUCUGUAAGAACUAAACUCUUACAGAUUUUUUUCUGUAACACUUGCUAGUGUGAUACAUUUCAGUAAAUGUUCCUCAUCUGUCCGUGUAUUUCUUAAGAAUAUGUUACAGGCACUAAACAGGCCUUGGUGAAGCUGUUCAUAUUUAACUUUCACUUUUCCCCCCAAAAUAAAAUCUGAUUAAAAGUUAACCUGUGUUUUUUUUUCUUAAAUAUCCUCUCACAGAGAUUUACUUACAUCUUCUGACAGCUAGCCCAACUUAUAAUAACAUUGGUUAAGUUUACUCACUACACAACCAUGCUCCAAGAGUUUCUCACAACAUGAGGAAUUGUUUUACCUUUAAAAUUAUCUUCAGCUUUUGUUCCUUGGUUCUAAUUAUGCUUUUUCCUUCCAUCCAGUAACUUAACACACUUGUCUUAAGUUUAUUCAGUAACAAAAUAUAAUACACCUGUA